CGCACACACACACGCGCACACACCACGCCCCCUCCUGUCGGGAACACCCCUGCUCUGGAUAUGCGCCUUCAGACGGCGCCGAGGCGCACCGACACACUAACGGACGGUCACUGAUCCCGGGACGGACUCUCCCAGCCGGCCGUGCUCCCCGCCGGUUCCUCCUUCGUCGACAGCCACCAGGCUUCCUGAGAGUGGUCCACUCUUGUCAGCUUCCCUAAGAAACAGAAGAUCAGAGGAGGAAACACUGGAGGGACAAAGUUCAGACUAUGCUCGCGCUAAAAGAACAACAGCCCAAUCGUGAGCAGAAAAUUACAGCUUUACGAAGCAUAAUGUAGCUCAUUCUGACAUCUGUCCUGCAACAUCUUUGUUUUUGGUGACUUCCUCGGCCGAGUGUAGACUGAGGGACAAAUGGAGCAUGUCGAGGAGGAUCUGAACCUCUCCUAUCUCCUGGAACAUGAGAGAACCAUAAUCCUGAGGGUGCUGCAGAAAGAUGAGAAACUGAGGAAGCGAGAGGAGAAGAGGAUACGGAAGCUGAAGAAUGAGCUGCUAGAGAUCAAACGGAGAGGGACCCGUCGGCCCCAGGAGCCGGAGGAGCGACAGUGCGCUCGCUGCCUGAAGAGUUUGGGCCUGAUCUUCGGCCGUGGAGAUGUCUGCAAGGAGUGCCAGCUGCGCGUCUGCGACGAGUGCCGCGUGGAAACUCCCAAAAGACACCAGUGGAUAUGUAACGUGUGCGCCAAGAUCUCGGAGCUGAAGGUGGUCACAGGAGAGUGGUUCAUGGAGGAGCGGUCCAAGCGCUUUGAGCCGGGAGUGGCGAGCAGCGACGUCAUCAAACAGACAAUCAUGAGUAACCCAAUCGUCACAGACAAGAAAUCAACAGAAAACCUGUCAGUCCCUCCUGAGUCGGAGAAACCCGACACCCCGAAAACCAACAGAAGUGCAAUAAUGAACAUCGGCGCCAGGAGGAAAGGAAGGAUGAAGAUGGACAAAAAAAAAGCCGGCCGACUGGCCUUGAAGCCGCAGAACGGAGUCGACGGCGCUGGCGUCAAACCUGCGUCGGAAGGAGACGCUCAAAGCGUAAGGAGCGUUCGCUCGGCACCGAGUCCUCGUUCAAACAGGGGCGGAGCCGAGGCCUUGGAGUCCUCGGGGAUGCCCACCGUACCGAACAACCUGCGUUCCCGAACUCCGGACGCUCUCGGCGACAACCGGAGGGUCAGGCCUGAUGGAGCGGAGAGCGUUGCCAGUGUACACUCCGAUGAGAGUGCGCUUGAGAAAAAAGCUACCGGACAUCGCAGGACAAAUUCGGGCACCCCGACAAUUUCUGUGUCCAGAGCCUCGGUUUCAUCAGAUCACAGCCGCUCGGAGAUGGACCUGUCAGCUCCUGGUUCUGAACCCAGCGACGACGCCUUCAGUCUCAGGAGCCGUUCGGUCCCCGGGCUCAACGACGAGUUUUCUGACGACGAUGCGGAAGAAGACAUCGAUGCCCUGAUGUCGGCCCACAGCGGGAAGCCCGAGAGCCGCCGCUUCAGCAACGCGCUGUCAAAUAGCAGUAUAAACAGCAUGAUGAGCAUGUACAGUGAGACCGGUGACUAUGGCAACGCCCGGGUGAGCGGCGAGAUCCUGCUGAACAUCAGCUACAGCUACAAAACCGGUGCUCUCAACGUGCUGGUGAAAGAGUGUCACAACCUGGCGACGGGAGACGAGAGGAGGCAACGCACGGACACAUAUGUGAAGACGUACCUGCUGCCAGAUAUGUCACGACAGAGCAAGAGGAAGACGAGCAUCAAGGCCAACACCAUUAACCCGGUUUUCAACGAGAGUCUCAGGUACGUGAUCAGCCACUCUCAGCUGGAGACUCGGACCCUGCAGGUCUCGGUGUGGCACCACGACCGGUUCGGACACAACAGCUUCCUGGGAGAGGUGGAGCUGACCUUUGACUCCUGGGAGUUUGAUUCCCAAAUAGAGGACUGGUACUCUCUGCUGCCCAAGGCGGACAGCAAUAUCGACUCCUCCAUGCAUUAUAAAGGAGAACUGACGGUCGUGUUGAAGUACAUUCCUGCAGAGAAAAACCUCACGUUGCCGCUGGACCAAGUACAAGGGAAAAAAAGCUUCCUGAAAAGCAAGAAGGCGAGCAGCUUCACUCUCCCUAAAGGGGGCAUGGUUGAGCUGCUGGUCAAAGGAGCCAAAAAUCUAACUGCUGUCAAGUCUGGAGGCACUUCGGACCCUUUUGUGAAAGGAUAUCUCCUACCUGACAGCAACAAGUCAACCAAGCACAAGACGGUGGUGGAGCGACGCACCGUGAACCCGCAGUGGAACCACACCUUCACCUACUGCGGCCUGCAGCCGGGCGACCUCAACAACGUCUGCCUGGAGCUCACCGUGUGGGACAAAGAAGCCCUGGCCAGCAACGUCUUCCUGGGAGGAGUCCGGCUCGGAGCCGGCUCAGGUACAAGUUAUGGUAAUGAGGUAGACUGGAUGGACUCAUACGGGGAGGAACAGCGGCUGUGGCAACGCAUGAUUGAAAACCCAGAAGUCCCCCAUGAGUGUACGCUGAUGCUACGAUCUAGCAUGCGCAAGUGCAGCACAUGAACUGGAUUGACUUACAGACAAUCGAGAGGAUAAAAGAAGAAUCAAAGUGAGAGUAAGAUGUGAUGUGAAGGCAGGAGGAGAGAGCUGGAGAAGGGGAAGGGUUGAGAAAAAAAGUGUCCAGGACUCAAACGCUCAUUAGAGAAUAGAGAACCAUCCUUCUCCCUACUUCUUUCCCCCUGAGAUGCCCUGUUCAGCCAGUCAUGCCUUACACACUCAUCCACAUGUGCCCCCCCUUCCACCCUCACCGCCCUCCAAAGCAUGCAGUCUUUGACCAAACACUGCUGUUUACCACUGUAUAUGAAAACCUUGUGUUGUCUGUAACUUACCUAGCCAAAUAAGCACACGGUGUGACCCCUGAUGUGUCCUUUCUCGUCCCUGAGCUCCAUGAACCAGACGCUGACACUGAUCAAUAAUGUAGACUUAGACAUUCCCUUUAUGAGCAACCGAGCUGCAUCCUGGUCUGAAGCACAUGGCGAUGCUGAGAGUCAUUCCCUUAAAAACAGAGGUAGAAAGUGACUAGUUCUUGUACGACUGUCUUCCUCAAGUAGAAGACUUAAUUAUUACGGAGGAAAAUUCCACUUAGUUAAAAUUACAUUAGUGGCACUUUUUCAAACUUCUCAGUCUCUGUUAAUCUUCACUGCCCCUCUCCAAAGAAGUGACUUUUUUAUUUAUAAGUGUUCUUUUGAGCUUAUGGAUUACCCUCCGACAGGCUGCUCUGAUCUUGUAUGUGAGGCGAAAGUAUGAAUACAGAUUUUAGAAUAUAGUCAAAAAGAAGGACUGCAGCAACUUUUGUGGAUAACUUUUUGUAUGAUUUGUGGAUUUCAACCCUCAAUUAUUCAUUAAAAAGAAAUUCCAGGGAAUGUGUGAAAAGUGGCCAUGAAAAUAUGCUUUUGUGACAGUUUCCAACCCAAAGACACUAAAUUUACAAUGAAAUUAUGGAGAAAUUAUGGACAUUUGAGGAGCUGGAACCAUCAAAUGUUGAGCAUUUGUAAUGGUAAUGUCUGCCACUUUGGCCAGAUUGAAUGGAACAAUUUGAGGGAUUGUCAUUACAUUUUGUACAGAUAUGUAUGGUUCCCAUUCCCAGUCAAUGAAUGUUAAUGAUUUUAGUGAACAUGAGUUUAGCGCCACCAUGAGGUCGUUAUUUGUGUUUUUGAGUAAAAUUUCAUAAAUUGUCAUGACAUUUUGUACAAAGUGAAUUGCAGGCUAAUAACUCUAAUGUCUCUUUUGCAUUUUUAUCAGGUCAAAACUAAUGACAAUGUUUGUGUUUAGUGCUAAUACUAGCAGGCUAACAAGCUAAACUAAGUUGGUUAACAUAGUAAACAUUAUACCUGCUAAACAUCACUAGCAUUGUUUUUGUCAGCAUGUUAGCAUGCCGAUGUUAGCAGUUAGCUCAACGCCCCAAUGGGCUUACGCACAGCCUCAGAGAGCUGCUAGCAUGGUCGUAGCGGUAGACUCUUUAGGCGUGUGGCUUGAUAAAUGACAACCAGCUAUUUAAAAAAGCAAAAAAUACUGGCAAAAGUGUCCUUGCGGGAACAAGAGUGCUUACUUUCCACCUCUGGUUGUCAGAAAAAAAAAGAAUUAUGGAAGGAUUACACAAUAAUUAACUUCAAUGUAAAUUAUCAUAACACUGUAUCAGUGGGAUAAUAGAAACUGCAUGGUGUUAGAGAAAACAGAGGUAGAAGAACAAAAAGUUAUGUGAAGCACUGAUAAAUAGAUCAUUUUACACUCGGAAGAGGAAGAGCAGGAACCCUGAGACAGAGGCUGUGUGUUACGGAGUGAGUCAGCACUGAGGCCAGCUGCCUUCAUCUCCGGGGGAGCCUAAUAAUGAGGCAGCGGCAGUCACCUUGACCCCGUGGCUCGGGGGGCUCUGUCGUCCACCCUCCUGCGAAAAUUCACACAUUUCCCAAUAACCAAAUCAAAAGUUAAAAACCCUGAACAACCAUUUCUCAUUGUGGAAUGCCGAUUUUUUGUCGCGCUUGUCCUCUGCUCUGAACUCCCCGGGCACAAGAGUUUCACACUGCACAAUUAUAGUAAUAAUACAUGGUGUUUACUGUACAACAUACUUUAGAUGAGAGGCUCGCGCAAUACCCGAUUACUGAAGAAAACUCUUUAUUUACAGCAUGUCGUAUCUCUGUCGUGUCCGGUUUCCGAGCAUCAAACUCACUGUAUUCAAAUGGUGUUGCAUAUCUGUUAUUUUGAAAUAAACCCAUCUUUCCAUAGA